AUGGAUCCUGCUGUGGAAAAGCUGCUUGUGACGAUCGUCGACGGGCGCGCCGAAGUUAUUCGCUUCCGACAGGACAACCUCGUUAGUCUUCAUCACGAGCUGCGCAAAGAGUCCGCGGCCCUGAUUGCCGCCCAGGAGAAGGACACUGGUGCAUCAAAGACCGAGAUCGAAGCCGAGCACUUCCUGGCGCUAGAAACCGUUCGACACUUCUACGAGUCUCUCAAUUUUUCGAAGGAGCUCGAGGCCGAGUAUCUGGUCGCUCAUGGCAAGGAUAACACGAGCAGAAGAACCGGUGCCGGGCUGGUGAUCAUUAGGCCGACCACUUACACCAGGCUGUUCUCUAUUCUGAGUCCACUUGCAGCGGCCUUGGCUGCCGGCUCUGUCGUUGCUCUUGAGCUCGAAGACACAUUGUUGCAGCUAGACGCUGUCCUCCGCACCGUACUUACUCACUCCCUCAAUCAAAAUGCCUUUUGCAUCACCAAAAAGACCAUAGACGAAACAUUGCUGUCGCAAGCAAUCUUGGUAGACCAAACCAACACAGCACCCCUGAACACUGGUCGUGUAAAUCAUCUCGUUUCUGCCAAUAGCGCCCGCGCCAUCGCCGUAGUCGACCGAACAGCCGACGUAGAGGCCGCCGCCAAGGCGAUCACGGCGGCACGCUUCAGCUUCGGCGGCCGAUCGCCCUACGCUCCGGACUUGGUCCUUGUCAAUGAGUUCAUCAAGAAGGAGUUCUUUGAGGCGUGCUCGAAGUACGCCUCGCUUGCAUUCGCUCGUGAGACCACAGUGAAGCGUGCGAGUGACAGCGCCAGCGACAAAACGAGGAAGGCCGUGCAGGAGGCCGAGGAUAAGCGACUCGCCUCAAGCUUUGGGUCGAAGGACUUUAAACUGGUUGAAAUAACGGACAAAAACGCUUCUCUCUUGAACAUCAAGAUUAGCGGGCGUUUUCUGCCUAUCACGGCCUCUUCUGGUCUUAUAGACUCUAUCUACACCCACAAAUUCGAGGACCCUCUCUUGGCCGCCUACCUCUUUGCCAGCCCCGAUGCAGCAAAGUACCUCUCCCAACAUCUCCCCGCCCACGUCUCCGUCAUCAAUCAAAUCCCAUCGAACCUCCUCCUUGGUCCAGCAGCACCAAUUUCUCACGAGGCAGCUUUUACCUUCCGUUACAGUAGAGAAAUGUUCUCCGUAGCUCGGCCGCAGUUCGUUGAGAAGCCUGCUGGCGCGCUCGCGAAAUUGGAGCAGCUCCUCACCCGCUCCGGCGCCAUCACCGCGCAGAGUCUGCAUGCCUUAGCCGUCGCACCGCUGCGCCCGACAAACCAGCCCGGUAACAGCAGACUGGGCUUCUUCGAGCAAGGAUUUGUGUUGGGUGCUGGUCUGAUCAUGAGCGUUGUGCUUCCGAGUCUAGCAUACGGCACAUGGAUUGGCGGACGGCGGGUAUUUGAUUAUGCGCUGAAGCUCAGGGGUUGA